CAAUCGCCAAUAGUUUAGCAGCAUACAGAUGGGUGGAUUAUUGAUUCAAGAAAAAUGUUGCAACGGGCCAAAUAAUAAAGAGAGUAAAGUGAUUUGGGGCAGGACAAGCCAACUUCGACGAUCUGAACACACACUACUGCGCACAGUUCAACGUCUAACAGGACAUUUAGUUACUUCACUACGUAUCCACGCUUGCGACGUACAAUUGAUAUUCACUGAAUUUACGCAUCGAGGUCUUUACGUCUUCACGUUCCUUAAGGAACAGGAUUGGACACCAGAACGCAACUGCUGUGAGUCAAGAAUAAGAAGAUGCUGCUACAGGUGGGAGGAAAGCGCUCUGCCCUGGGCCUGUUGGCCAUCAGGAGGGUGUGGAGUAUGACCCGCUCCGCCCAUACCGCACCCCAGACACUGGAAUACAAACCCAUCAAAAAGGUCAUGGUGGCCAACAGAGGAGAGAUUGCCAUCCGGGUGUUCAGGGCCUGCACAGAGCUGGGGAUCCGCACAGUGGCCGUCUACUCUGAGCAGGACACGGGCCAGAUGCACAGACAAAAGGCAGAUGAAGCUUACCUCAUCGGGAAGGGGCUGCCACCUGUAGCAGCCUACCUACAUAUACCAGACAUCAUCAAAGUGGCCAAGGAGAAUGACGUGGAUGCCAUCCACCCAGGUUACGGCUUCCUGUCAGAACGAGCAGAUUUUGCCCAGGCGUGCGUGGAUGCUGGGGUACGUUUUAUCGGCCCCACCCCAGACGUGGUGCGCAAGAUGGGGGACAAAAUUGAGGCCCGUUCCAUUGCCAUCAGUGCAGGUGUACCGGUGGUACCUGGAACAGACGCUCCCAUCUCGUCUUUGCAGGAAGCUCAAGAGUUUUCAAACAGCUAUGGCUUCCCGAUUAUCUUCAAGGCUGCCUAUGGGGGCGGAGGACGUGGAAUGCGAGUGGUCAGGGAGUAUGAGGAACUAGAUGAGAACUAUCAGCGUGCAUACUCCGAGGCCCUGGCAGCCUUUGGCAAUGGAGCUCUGUUUGUGGAAAAGUUCAUUGAGAAACCCAGACACAUCGAGGUGCAGAUCUUGGGCGAUAAAUACGGCAAUGUCAUUCACUUGUACGAGAGGGACUGCUCUAUCCAGAGGAGACACCAGAAGGUGGUGGAGAUCGCACCGGCCACACAGCUGGACCCACACCUCAGAGACAGACUCACUGCUGACUCCGUGAACCUCGCUCGACAGGUCGGUUAUGAGAAUGCAGGCACAGUGGAGUUCCUGGUGGAUAAACACGGUAAACAUUACUUCAUCGAGGUCAACUCCCGUCUGCAGGUGGAGCACACGGUUACUGAGGAGAUCACAGAUGUGGAUCUGGUACACUCUCAGCUGAGAGUGUGUGAAGGUCGCAGCCUGCCAGAGCUGGGCUUGAAACAGGACAAGAUACGGAUCAAUGGCUAUGCCAUCCAGUGCCGUGUGACCACAGAGGACCCGGCACGUGGCUUCCAGCCUGACACGGGAAGACUGGAGGUAUUUCGCAGUGGAGAGGGCAUGGGUAUCAGGCUGGACAGCGCAUCUGCUUUCCAGGGUGCUGUCAUCUCCCCUCAUUACGAUUCCCUCCUGGUGAAAGUCAUCGCCAGUGGAAAGGAUCUGCCGGCGGCCUCUGCCAAAAUGAGCCGAGCUUUAGCAGAGUUCCGUGUCCGGGGGGUCAAGACAAACAUCCCGUUCCUCCAGAACGUGCUGAGUAAUAAUCAGUUCCUGAAUGGGACGGUAGAUACUCAGUUCAUCGAUGAGAAUCCAGAUCUCUUCAACCUCAAACCGGUGCAGAACCGAGCCCAGAAACUGCUUCACUACCUGGGGCAUGUUAUGGUGAACGGCCCGACUACUCCGAUACCUGUCAAGGCUAAGCCUUCUCCCAUCGAUCCGGUCAUCCCACCAGUACCCCUCGGUGAGCCACCAGUGGGUUUCAGGGAUGUGCUGCUGAGAGAGGGUCCGGAUGGUUUUGCGAAGGCGGUACGUGCCCACCAGGGUCUGCUGCUUAUGGACACUACGUUCAGAGACGCCCACCAGUCCCUCCUGGCCACUCGUGUACGCACUCACGACCUCAAACGGAUUGCACCUUUUGUGGCUCACAGCUUCAGUAACCUCUUCAGCGUGGAAAACUGGGGAGGCGCUACUUUUGACGUGGCAAUGCGUUUCCUAUGUGAGUGUCCCUGGAAAAGGCUUCAAGAGUUGAGGGCUCUGAUGCCAAAUGUGCCUUUUCAGAUGCUUCUGAGAGGUGCCAACGCCGUUGGAUACACCAACUACCCUGACAAUGCCGUCUUCAAGUUCUGUGAGGUGGCCAAAGAAAACGGUAUGGACAUCUUCCGUGUGUUUGACUCGUUGAACUAUCUUCCAAACAUGCUCUUGGGGAUGGAGGCAGCUGGUGCAGCAGGAGGAGUGGUGGAGGCGGCCAUCUCGUACACUGGCGACGUUUCCGACCCCAUGAGGCAGAAAUAUUCCUUAGACUACUAUCUCAAACUAGCAGAUGAACUGGUCAAGGCUGGAACACACAUCCUCUGUAUCAAGGACAUGGCGGGUCUCCUAAAGCCUGACUCUGGCCGUUUGCUGGUGGGAGCAUUGAGGGACCGUUUCCCAAACGUGCCGAUCCAUGUGCACACUCACGACACCGCAGGGGCCGGUGUGGCUGCCAUGCUGGCGUGUGCAGAGGCAGGAUCAUUUGUUGUGCUGCUUGUUCUCAGAUUGCUUAUUCCUCUUGGUAGACUAAUGAUGUCUCCUCCCGUCUUUCUUUACUCUUUUUUUUUUCUUUUUUUCUUUCACUUCACUCACACCUCUUUCUCAGGCAUCUCUCUUGAGAAGGUAUUUGACUACAGUGAGUAUUGGGAGGUGACCCGAGGCCUUUAUGCUCCGUUUGACUGCACUGCCACCAUGAAGUCUGGGAAUGCUGAUGUCUAUGAGAACGAGAUCCCAGGUGGCCAGUACACCAAUCUCCACUUUCAAGCGCACAGUAUGGGGCUGGGGAACAAGUUUAAGGAGGUGAAGAAAGCCUACGUAGAAGCCAACAAGCUGCUCGGUGACCUCAUCAAAGUGACACCCUCCUCUAAGAUUGUGGGUGAUCUGGCGCAGUUCAUGGUGCAGAACGCUCUGACUCGGGCAGAGGUGGAGGAGAGAGCGGAUGAGUUGUCUUUCCCCCUCUCCGUGGUGGAGUUCCUGCAAGGACACAUCGGCAUCCCCCAUGGAGGCUUCCCGGAGCCCUUCAGAUCAAAGGUUUUGAAGUCUCUUCCCCGUGUGGAAGGACGUCCUGGAGCCUCCCUGCCACCCAUGGAUUUCCAGGUCUUGGAGAAGCAGCUGCGAGAUGCUCACGGUGAUGAAAUCACCCCGGAGGAUGUGAUGUCCGCAGCCAUGUACCCCAAAGUGUUCCAGGAGUUCAAAGAAUUCACCAGAACCUUUGGCCCUGUGGAUUGUCUGGACACUAGACUCUUCCUGGAUGGACCCAAGAUUGCUGAAGAGUUUGAGGUGGAGUUGGAGCGAGGCAAGACACUUCAUAUCAAGGCUCUGGCUCUAGGAGACCUUAAUAAAGCCGGUCAGAGAGAGGUGUUCUUCGAGCUCAAUGGUCAGCUGAGAUCUGUUCUGGUCAAAGACACUGUGGCCAUGAAGGAGAUGCAUUUCCACCCUAAAGCCCUGAAGGACGUUCGUGGACAGAUUGGGGCUCCCAUGCCUGGUAAGGUGGUGGAGGUGAAAGUGAAGCAGGGCCAGCAGGUGGAGAAAGGACAACCGCUCUGCGUCCUCAGUGCCAUGAAGAUGGAGACGGUGGUGAACUCGCCGCUCUCCGGCACCGUGGCCAAGAUCUACGUGACCGCCGACAGCACUCUGGAAGGAGACGAUCUUAUUCUGGAGGCUUGUUUUAGUGUGUUAGGCUACCAUAGUUAA